AGUUUGGGUGGAUCGCUGGAUUGCUAGCAGCGGAGUUUAAAAGGGCAGAUUGACAUUCAUAUGUCUUGUUCAUGAGCCGAUCUCCAAGACCUCGGAUCCCCAAACCGGCGGGGGCGAGCGGCGUGCGUAAGAGCAGUAGUUGCAGCAGCGGAGGCAAGAUGUUGUCCAUGUCCUACAGCGAGAGUAUUCGGAGCGGCAUAAGCCGCUACCACUCGGACCAAGGUCUGAACCAGCCACCGAGGCAGACGGACCAGGCCGAACUCCAGCGGCUCAGGGAGCAAAGAGUCGCUGCCCAGAUCAAGAACAUGGAAGACUUCCUUAAGAUGAACGGCCUGGCGCUGGAGGAGUGUGUAUCGUACCAGACGGGCAUGAAGUACAGAAACUUGGGGAAGUCUGGCCUGAGAGUCUCGUGUCUUGGAUUAGGAACAUGGGUGACGUUUGGAGGACAGAUCACAGAUGAGAUGGCAGAGCAGCUGAUGACUCUGGCGUAUGAGAACGGGAUCAAUCUGUUCGACACGGCAGAGGUCUACGCUGCUGGAAAGGCGGAGAUGGUGCUUGGCAACAUCAUAAAGAAGAAAGGAUGGAGACGCUCCAGUUUAGUCAUUACAACCAAAAUAUUUUGGGGUGGAAAAGCAGAGACAGAGAGAGGACUGUCAAGAAAACACAUUAUAGAAGGUUUAAAGGCAUCAUUGGAGAGAUUGCAGUUAGAAUAUGUGGAUGUAGUGUUUGCAAACAGACCAGACCCCAACACACCCAUGGAAGAAACGGUGCGGGCGAUGACGCAUGUGAUCAAUCAGGGAAUGGCGAUGUACUGGGGCACGUCACGCUGGAGUCCGAUGGAAAUCAUGGAAGCAUAUUCUGUGGCCCGACAGUUCAACCAGAUUCCACCAAUCUGCGAACAAUCAGAAUAUCACAUGUUCCAGAGGGAGAAAGUGGAGGUGCAGCUUCCUGAACUCUUCCAUAAGAUCGGUGUGGGUGCGAUGACAUGGUCUCCGCUGGCCUGUGGGAUAAUCUCAGGGAAAUACGACAGCGGGGUGCCAGCAUACUCUCGUGCCUCACUGAAGGGCUACCAGUGGUUGAAGGACAAGAUCUUGAGCGAGGAGGGCCGACGCCAGCAGGCGAAGCUGAAAGAGCUGCAGGCAAUCGCUGAGCGGCUGGGCUGCACGCUGCCACAGCUAGCCAUCGCGUGGUGCCUGAGAAAUGAAGGCGUAAGCUCUGUGCUCCUCGGAGCCUCCAACACGGACCAGCUCAUGGAGAAUAUAGGAGCAAUACAGGUUCUUCCAAAGCUAUCCUCCUCCAUCGUGCACGAGGUGGACAGUAUCCUGGGAAACAAACCCUACAGUAAAAAGGACUACCGCUCCUAGUGUGGAACCAGACGGGACCGGAUGCUCCGCACUCACCUUUGCCUGAUCCUCCGUUAGCUUCAGCUUUUACUGAAUGAGUACCGGCCGCAUGAGACGGGCAAGCACCCACAAACCCUGGAGAGCAAGACUUUUAGAACACAAAGGGCAAGAAACACGUGAAAAAUACACAAAACAAACACAUUCACUGAUAGAGGGGUUGAAAUGCAGCAUAGAGAGCGAUGCAUUGAAGAUAUGUGCUUACGGAUUUAUCCGUGUUAC